AUGCACCCACUAUAUGCUAAAUUUGUAAUAAAAUUAUCACAGCCCCUGAACAUGGGCUUUGCCACGCUUGCACAUGCAAAGCUUUCCAACGUGCUGCUGCUGCUGUUGAGCGUGGUAUCCUGUUCUGCUGCUGCUUAUGGGGGUGAGCCCAGCCUGGGCAAGAGGUCCUUGCCUCACUAUGAACAUGAUUCCAGUAGUGCUGUUGACUCUUCUCAAGACACGAGGCUACAUGUUUUCACAUUGGACUAUGACUAUGUGCAAAUUCCCUAUGAAGUUACUCUUUGGAUCCUCCUUGCCUCUUUUGCAAAAAUAGGUUUCCAUAUCUUUCACCGACUACCAAGACUUAUGCCUGAAAGCUGCAUCCUGAUUGCCAUUGGAGCACUAGUAGGAGCAAUCAUCUUUGCUUCCCAUCACAAAUCUCCACCGGUGAUGAACAGUAGUAUUUACUUCUUGUACCUCCUUCCACCCAUUAUUCUGGAAGAGGGUUAUUUCAUGCCAACUCGGCCAUUUUUUGAAAACUUUGGAUCCAUUCUGUGGUGGUCUGUUCUGGGAUCUCUGCUAAACUCAUUUGGGAUCGGCCUCUCCCUCUAUGGAGUCUGCCAGAUCGAAGCCUUUGGCCUGACUGACCUGAACCUGCUGCAGAACUUGCUCUUUGGCAGUAUGAUUUCAGCAGUGGACCCCGUGGCAGCUCUGGUAGUUUUUGAAGAAGCCUCUGUUAAUGAGCAGCUUUACAUGAUGAUCUUUGGAGAGUCAUUGCUAAAUGAUGGCAUAACUGUGGUUUUAUAUAACAUCUUCAUCGCCUUCACCCAGAUGCACAGGUAUGAAGAAAUUGAAUCCAUCGAUGUCUUUGCUGGCUUUGCGCGCUUCUUCGUGGUAGGGCUGGGUGGAGUCCUGUUUGGCAUCGUAUUUGGAUUUGUCUCAGCAUUCAUGACUCGUUUCACCCACAACGUCUCUUCAAUCGAACCCCUGCUGGUCUUCAUGUUCAGCUACCUCUCAUACUUGUCUGCUGAAACCCUUUACAUCUCUGGCAUUUUGGCGAUGACAGCAUGUGCAGUGACAAUGAAAAAAUACGUGGAGGAGAAUGUUUCCCAGAAUUCUUAUACCACCAUAAAAUAUUUCAUGAAGAUGCUAAGCAGCAUCAGCGAGACCCUGAUUUUUGUGUUCAUGGGAGUGUCUACAGUGGGGAAAAACCAUGAAUGGAACUGGGCCUUCAUUUGCUUCACUCUGUUCUUCUGCCUCAUUUGGCGGACACUGAGUGUGUUUGCUCUCUUCUACAUCAGUAACAAGUUUCGAACAUAUCCCUUCACCUUCAAAGACCAACUCAUUAUUUCUUACAGUGGCCUCCGAGGAGCCAGCAGCUUUUCUCUUGCAUUCUUGCUUCCAAAGAAUCUUUUCCCCAGAAAAAACCUGUUCAUCACUGCGACUCUUGUGGUUAUAUAUUUCACUGUGUUCAUCCAAGGAAUCACAAUUGGACCAUUGGUCAGAUAUCUGGAUGUUAAAAAGACGAACAAAAAGGAAUCGAUCAAUGAAGAAAUUCAUGUGCGAUUGAUGGAUCACUUGAAAGCUGGUAUUGAAGACAUAUGUGGACAUUGGAGUCAUUAUCAGCUGAGAGAUAAAUUUAAGAAGUUUGACAAUAAGUAUUUGAAGAAAAUUUUAAUUCGGGAGCACCAGCCCAAAUCCAGCCUUGUGUCAUUGUACAAAAAGAUGGAGAUAAAACUGGCCAUUGAGAUGGCUGAGAGUGGCAUGAAAAUUUCAAAAUCAUCCACUACUUCUUUACAGAGCGGCAGGAACCAGCGUGCACAGAGGCUGUCCCCGGCAGAGGUGGAGGCCAUGAGAGACGUCCUGGCACACAACCUGUACCAAGUGCGACAAAGGGCACCAGCAUACAACAGGCACAAUCUUCCUACUGACACAAGUGAGAAACAAGCACAAGAAAUCCUCAUCCGUCGGGAACACAGCCUGAGGCAAAGUUGCAGGAAGGGAAACAGCUUGCCUUGGGGUAGACCGGUUAACACCACAGAAGUACGCUACCUCUCUUUGCCUCAGGGUCCACGCCAGCCCACUAGAAGAAAAACCAGGCAUGUUACUUUUACAGAUCAGCAUAGAAGUGGCUCUGAUGCUGUGUUGCCAUUUACAUCAAGAUCCCAGCCCCGAAUACGGCCACUGGAAGCAAAGCAGCGCCAAGAGCUGAUUCCAAUGGCACAUGUGGACAGACGAGCCGGUCCAUUCAAUCCGUCAGGUCGAAGAGGAAAUUCAGUCAGCCGUCAUCGUUUCACCAGAGCAGACAAUCUAGCUCCAAUGCCAAAGGCUCGGUUCACUGUCAGAAAAGUGGAGGAGUAUGAGUCAGAAGAAGAGACAGAAACAAUGGCACCAGUCAGGCCAUUAGUUAUAUGAGGAGCAGAGAUCAUCAGUGUUUGCAUCUCUAGGGCCCCUGGUGCACUGCUUCAAAAGAAAUAACAAAGCUUUUAUAUGAACCAAAUGAUGAUUUUCCUCUCGGGACCAGUGUACUUGCUCUCGUAUCACUUUCAAGAGUUGUAUUAAGGUACUUAGUGGCUCAGAGAAGACUCUAAUUCUUAUGUGCUAAUAUCAAGCUUUCUUUCCAAUAAAACACUGCGGGAAAGAGGAGAACAUGAUA